UACUGUUACGUUGUAAACGUACGUUUGUCGUAUAUUUUGCCACUGUAUGCAGUGCAUCGUGCUCUGCCUUGCAUCCAAUCAUUGUAGACCCAUUAUUACCCUUUGUUUGUAGCGUAAAUUAGUAUUAUUAUCUAUUGUCUGGUUUAGCGUUUUCCUUUCGGUCAUUUGCAUCACGUAUUCGUCGUGUAAAGAGUCGCAGAUAUUUGUCUGUAUUGUGGACUGUUUAUUUAUCUGUUAUAUAUUGUAAUUGUAUUAGCCUCCCGGAUCGGAAAACGUUUGGUGAGAAAUUUGCCUUUUGUUGUUGUUAUAUGCUUUGACUUAUGUUAAUCAAUUUUGUUUUAUUUAUUUAAGAAAACCGCUGUUCUUUGCCAAGAAUAUAAAGAAGUGAUUUAUGCACGUGUCUUGUUUGUGGACAAAGGGGCUGAGAGUGGCGCGUUCGAUACGUUUUCAUUGUGUCUCGUCGAUAUAGAUUCCGGGCUAUCAAAAGACGUGACAUAAAAGUUUUCAAACGUGCUUCAAAAUUCAAACGAUUUCAAGUCUCCAAACAUAAUUUGUGAAGUUUUCAAUGAUAUUAACGUUAAUACCAAAAUUCUCAAGUUUUCAACCAAAGGGUUUCAAACAUUAAUUCGGGUUCUCAAUAAUGGCAACCGGUGGUAGGUCGGAUGACCAACAUCAGGCAAUGAUUAGCAAUGCUCCUGGCAGUUUUAAUGAAUUUAAAACUCAUCUAGAUGUUUGCAGGAGUUCCAGUGACGUUAGCGACGUGAGUUCUUCAGCGUCAUCGACUUUCUCCGUCCGGAAUGCAAGAGUGAAGUUGGAGCUGGCACGCCUAAAGGCCCGUCAAGAAGAAGAACUCUCAGCUUUAGAAGACGACUUGCGUAAGCUUCGGACAAGACACGCUUUACAGGCUGCUGAAACAGAAUCAAAGGUUUGGGAAAUGAGCGAUGACGAAUUUUUGCGCUGUGCCAGGGCGAAGCGAAAAAUGCCAUUGAUCAUUGCUCAAUGAUGGAACCGAGUCGCGGAUAUCGCGAAGCUAUGAGAGAGCUGAAGAAUGAAUAUGGUAAAGAUCAUGUCAUUUCCCGCACCUGUUUGGACAGGUUGAAGCGUGGUCCGAAGUUGAACUUUGACGACGCGAAAGGUAUGCAAGCGUAUGCGCGACUGAUGCGGAAAUGUGGCUUAGUUCUUGGAGAAAUCAGUGAGUACGACAAUCUUAAUAAUUUUGACAAUUUGCUGGCCAUUGUUAAACGAUUGCCACCAGAGUCGCAAAACGCUUGGGAUUUCAAAGUGGCAACAAUUUUAGAAACGGAGGAUCGUGAAGCUAGUUACAACGACCUCUCUAAAUUUGUCACCGAGCAAGCUAAUGUUUCAAGAUCAGACUUUCGUUUU